AUGCAGUUUGCAUUGUCAUUCGAAGGCGUGAAACAGAGGAAAAGUACAGGAAAUGAGGAACUGAAUGAACUUGUGUAUGCAUGGUCUAUGGACGCUUGUGCUCGUCUCGUUCUCGUUUCAGGGCCAUUCAGACCAAAGCCAAAAAUUAAGGCUAGCAAUGGGUGGCUGAUGUCAUUCCUUACUAGACACAACAUUGUUUUUAAGAAACAAGUGAACUCAACAAGAGCUGUCACAGAGAUAGCCCGCUCGACUUUUCCGCCGCUUUUCAGUCUUUAG